GGCAGCAGCUGCUACUGUCAGCGGGAAGAGAGCAGCCGAGAGAGAGAGAGACUCCAAAAUAGACGCGCUUCUUUCCCAGGCAGGAGCCAUGUCGUCUAGCGAGGGGCUUGGGGUGCAAGAGGAGAACUUGCAGGGUUCCUGGGUGGAGCUGCACUUUUCUAGCAACGGGAAUGGUCAUGGCGCCCAGCCAACAAGCCAGGAGCAAGGCCCAGCCUCGAUUUCUAUUCACAAUGGUGACAUGGAGAAAAUCCUUCUAGAUGCCCAGCAUGAGUCUGGAAGAAGCAGCUCACGAGAGAGCUCCCAUUGUGACAGUCCUCCUCGAUCCCAGACGCCUCAGGACAUUCACAGAGCUUCUGAAGUCGAGAGCCGUGGCAGCGGAGAAAAGAAUAGCUCUCAGUCUGAGGAAGAUUUUCAGGAAAGAAGGAAAGAAGUUGAACAGCUUUUGAAGAAAAAUUCUGACUGGAUGUGGGACUGGUCCAGCAGGCCUGAAAACAUUCCACCAAAGGAGUUUCUGUUUAAACACCCCAAGCGCACCGCUACCCUCAGCAUGAGAAACACGAGCGUGAUGAAGAAAGGAGGCAUCUUCUCUGCGGAAUUUUUGAAGGUUUUUCUGCCAUCUCUGUUGCUUUCUCAUCUGCUUGCCAUUGGAUUAGGGAUUUAUAUCGGAAGACGGUUGACAACUACAGCUUACAGCAGCAGUUCGUUAUAAGAUGGGAACAAAUCUUCAUCUUCUACAAAAACCAUGACUACAUUAAUCCAGACAUGCAAAAUGGUGAAUGAAAAGGAACUCCUGUGUGCAGAAGUGGCACAGCUAUGUAUGUUUCGGUCCAUAAAUGUUGUGUGCUCUUGGGGCUUUUUCUAAUUGUAGAGGGAAAGAUUGAAAACCAACACCAAACGACUCCUUUGCAAACUAACCUCAAGUCAUCAAAGCAAAUUUUUGACAGAGGUCUUUGAAUGAACUGUGUGUGUGAACAAAAUGUCUAUUGAAAAUUAUGUAGCAAGGGAUUAAACGGUUUGUCUUGUUUCACUUUGCAUAGCAGAGUAUUUGGUCAAGAGUAUUAUGGCCUUACAUUUCUGAAGACUGGAGUCUGUGAAGCAGUUUAGUGAUUUUCUUUGAUACCUCUCUAAAUCCUAAAUACAGGUUUGUGUGUUUUAGUAUGGGAUCUUUCCAUUAUGUUUUAAAAAGGAAAAUUUAUAUGCAACAGAGUGGGGUAAAUAAGCCUGCAGCAGAGUUUAUAUAUCCAAUGAUUGCCCUUGUUGAGAUAAGCUAUCUAACCAGUCAAAAUUUAAGAAUGGCUGACCCACUGAGCCCAGAGCCUUGCUUUUCCUUAUGUCUUAUACUCAGAGGUAUCUGGUCUUAACAAUUUUCUUGAGAAUUACCCAUUAAUGAACUUUUUACAGGCACAUGUGCUUUAGUGCAAGCUAUCACUAGGCCCAUUUGAAAUCAAGUUUUGCACCAGGAUGAACAUGUGCUAAACAUUUGCAACUUACGCUUCUUUUGCCCAUCUUGAAUCUUUGCAAGUUCAACAAUGGUUUUUAAUGCAAAACUCCAGUUGUUUGUGAUUUUACCAGUUAAAUAAGUUUUGAAUAUCAUUGCAGCCUUAUUGAAAAUCAGCAAGGAAUGUUGUUUUUGCAGGAACUCCUUAUGAGUUAGAGUACUACAAUAUUUACAACGAU